AUGGCUAUCAGUGCCAGAAGACAUGGGUCUCUCCCCCUCAGCAUGCCCUCAUUGUACUCUAAUGUUACUCAAUCUGCAGGCCAGUCAGGAGACUGGCUGCCUUCAACACCCUCAGCCAAUCCGAAGUUGUCCUUUGUCUUUAGUCAACAAACACUCCAACUAAUCACUCUUGAUGAUAACCUUAAAGCAGCAUUUGUAGAAACACUUGCUUUUGACCAUGAUUACACUAAUGAAGGUCUGAAUAUUGAUCACUGUAUCGCCAUUCUUGAAGAACUUCAGCAGUUUCAACUAAACACAAUCACCAUCCAGCAUAUCACACAAGCAGAAUAUGCGGCUGUCUUAUCGUUUACAUCUGAAUAUCCUAGUAUAGAGUUCAAAGCCAGAUCCAACUACUUUCCAGACACUCAAGAAGUCGAGAUUAUGAGCCCCUCCCCCGUUCAUGAAACCAUCAUCACCUACUUUUUGCAAAUCAGUCACGAUGACCAGUAUGUCAACACACAAUUCUUCACGAAAAAUCGGCUCCCCGAUGAAGAAUCAUCGCAGCAAGUCCUGGAUAUCAUGGGUGUUGUGCACUGUGUUGAUCAGUUUGGCAAUGACAAAAGCUUUGUUCAGGUGGCUCGUUGA